AUUAAUCAUCAUUGUAAAAAAUUAAAAAUUAUUGUACAAUAGUCGUCAAUAUUUAUCGUUUCAGUCUGCACUCUGCUUCAUAUAUCUAAAAUUUGUUAUUGUAAGCGUGUAAAUAUAUAUGUAAGAAAGUGCAAAUAUUAUGACUUUUCGCGGACCACAUUUUACAAGUCAAAUAUGUGUAUAAAUUUAGUAACUAACUUCUAGAGUAUUUAGCGACACACGUCGUUCAAUAUGUGGUCAUUCUUCUCGCGAGAUCCUACAAAGGAUUUUCCGUACGAGGUCGGUGAUCCUGUGCGAGGCCUAGAAGAUAAAAGUGUGUGGUCACUACACAAAGGCAAGAAGAGAGGUUCUCAGGAUGAGGUGUCUAUAUUCCUCUUUGAUGUAAAUAAGAAUUCAGAAACUCUCUUUGAUAUUGCCAAGGCCUCUCUAAAGAAACUCAAGACUAUGAGACAUCCUAGCCUUUUACAUUACUUAGAUAGCUGUGAAACUGAGAAAUUUUUAUAUGUAGCCACAGAAUAUGUAGAACCUUUAGCAAACCAUAUAGAGAGUAUGAAACUAAGUGGUCAACAGAAAGAUCUUUUUAUAUCUUGGGGUAUUUUUCAAAUAACAAGAGCCCUAUCAUUUUUCAAUAAUGAUGGAAAUAUGAAACACAACAAUGUUUGCUUGUAUUCUGUAUUUGUGACUUUGGCCGGAGAAUGGAAGUUGGGAGGCUUUGAGUUCUUAACUGCUCAUGGCCAGGAGACAACAGGACCAAUACCUAUAAAAAUUUUACCUGCACUUGAAAUAUAUGACCCACCAGAAAAAAAAGAUCCAAGCAAACUAAAGUCUGUUACAAAAUGUUCAUCUGAUAUGUGGGGCUUAGGCUGCCUCAUUUGGGAAGUGUUUAAUGGGCCUUUAAAGAAUCAACCAGCAUUGAAAGCUGUUGAUAACAUUCCAAAACAACUAUGCACACUGUACUGUGAACUUGUCAGUGCAAACCCUGCUUCUAGAACUAACCCAGCUGAUAUCAUAACAAGAUGUCGCAAAAUUGGAGGUUACUUUAAAAAUGACUUAAUUGAUACAAUGUUGUUCUUAGAAGAAAUUCAAAUUAAGGAUAAAAUAGAAAAAGGAAAAUUCUUUUCAACACUCAGCAGUUACUUAGACAAUUUCCCUGAAUCUGUGUGUGUUCAUAAGAUUUUACCACAGCUAUUGACUGCUUUUCACUAUGGAGAUGCAGGGUCUGCUGUUUUAGCACCUAUGUUUAAGUUAGGUAAGUUACUAGAAGAUGCAGAGUAUCAGAAGCAGAUUGUGCCAUGUGUUGUUAAGCUGUUUGCAUCCAACGACCGAACAACCCGGUCACGACUGCUGCAGCAGCUCGACCAGUUUAUCAUGCAUCUGCACAACUCUACUGUGAAUGACCAAAUAUUUCCGCAAGUAGUCCACGGGUUCUUGGACACGAAUGCAGUUAUUAGAGAGCAGACUGUAAAGUCGAUAAUACACCUGGCGCCGAAACUGAACUACAACAACAUUAACGUGGAGGUCCUGCGACAUUUCGCGCGGCUGCAGUCUAAAGACGAUCAAGGGGGAAUAAGGACAAACACGACAGUGUGCCUGGGCAAGAUAGCGGCGCACCUGCACCCGCAGAUCCGGCAGAAGGUGCUGGUGUCGGCGUUCGUGCGCGCCACCCGCGACGCGUUCCCGCCCGCGCGCCAAGCUGGCGUGCUCGCACUCGCCGCCACGCAGCAGUACUUCCUGCUGGCCGAGGUCGCUAACCGCGUGCUGCCCGCGCUCUGCCCCCUCACCAACGACCCCGAGAAACAGGUUCGAGAUGCAGCAUUCAGAACUAUUAAAGGGUUCCUCGGCAAAUUAGAAAAGGUUUCCGAAGACCCGAGCCUUAAAGAAGGAAUGGAGGCGGACGUGCACACGGCGACGCCGUCGCUGAGCAACGCGGCGGCGACGUGGGCGGGGUGGGCGGUCACGGCCGUCACCGCCAAGUUCUACCGCUCACACUCCGACACCGCGCGCUGUUCCUCCGCCAAGUCCGCGCUCUCCAAGCCCGGCUCGCUGGAGCAACCGUCGUCGAGCAGCAUGUCGACGACGACGUCGUCUGUGACGUCGAUGACGUCGCUAGAGCACAGCGAGUCCGCCAGCGACUACGACCCCGAGCACUGGGACAUGGCCGCCUGGGGCGAGAUCGACUCCAGUGCAGGCACAACGGGUGCGAGCGCGAAGUCGCCGAGCAGCGGCAGCGGGCCGGCGCAGGCGCUGGGCGCGCUUUGCGAAGACGACUGGGACAACGACGAGUGGGGCACGCUGCAGGAGCAACCGAGCGCGGAAGCCGAGCUGGCGAGUCCGUCGGAGACGUGGAACAACUCGUGGGAGGGGGCGGCGGCGGGGGCGGGGCCCAACAGCGCGCGCGCCACGUACGUGCGCCUCGAGCACCGCCCCGCCGCGCACCAGAACAGCGCGGACUCGCUCGGCGGCUGGGAAGACGGCGAGUUCGAGCCCAUCGAGGAGAACGCUGACGAAAACAAUGCAUCAAAAAUGGACGAGAUGAGAAGGAAACGGGAGGAGAGGAAGUUGCAGCGGCAGCGCGAGAUGGAGGCGCGGCGGAACGCACGCGGGCAGGGGCCAAUGAAACUGGGCACCAAGAUCGCCGCCGCCCCGCCACCAUUUUAGAUAGACCCCUCAUACGACUGUCGAAGUUUCAUAUUAAAAGCACCGCUAGUUGGCAAGUGGAGGAGUUCACAGGUUCGUCUUAUUUAAUACUUUGUAAUUGUAAAGGUUCGAAUGUACUGUACUUACGAAAACGAGACAACACUGCAGAAAUGUUGGUACAUUACGCAGUAUUGAAUUUGUGACUUUUUGACAUAAUAUAAAGUAACUUACUGCGGUAGGAUAACA